AUGCCGGAAACUUGGGGGACGUCGUCGUCACCGUUGGCCAGCCCAGGGGAUAGCGCCGCUUUUUUCGACGACUCGUCCUCGGAAAGGAGCAGGGAUUCGACGUUGGAAGACUUUGAAUUUGAAGACGAAGCCCAGCUGGUCCGAAGCGCAAGCCGGGGUAAGAGGGGGAAAGCCGAGCUCGUCAAGAUGGCAUCGACCAACGACAAGAAAUUGAACCCCUUUGGCGAUGGGACAGGAUACAUCGAUGCGUCGUCGGGCGACUUGACCGCGUUUCCUUUGGUCAAGCCAGCCCCUACCGCCAGUCUGUCGAAUCUUUCCCAAACCGGCGAGCUGACACCAGACGCAAUCUUGAGGGCCUAUGCAGCCGCCAGCUUGUCGGACCCGUCGGGGUUACAAGCGGGCGCAGGACCAUCAUCCAGCACGCCCAGCCAGCUCUCCAACUUGAGACGGCCCCCGUUCCUAGACAUGGGUGCCGUGAGAGCGACGGAGGAACGAGGCAGCCUAACCAGUCUGCCAGACUUGAUCCGGCGGGCCACACGCUUGGCCUCGCUGAUUGACAAGGGAAAGAGGCCGGGAAGUCGCCUCGAUGACCUGAGCGCGUGGGGUAGUGAUAAUACCGGAAGCAGAGACGGGGACGGGUCUCUCUCAGACAUGCUGGCUGCUUUCCCACCUCCCGUUCACUCGCCGCCGAACAACAGCCAGGGCCGGGGCUCAUGGGCCCAAUCUGGCUCGUGGCCCAUGCGAUCCAACGAAGUCCUCCGAAGCCACUCACGCUCCCCGAGCGUGCCGUAUGACAACGGCGGCAAGAAGCCGGGCCGGCGCUGCUGUGGCUUACCGAUAUGGGCGGCUAUCCUCAUUGCCAUUGUCGCUUUAGGCAUAGUCGCAGCUGCCAUCAUCGUUCCCCUCGAGUUUUUCGUCUUCAAGAACCUCGGAAACAAGGCCGGCCGGGGAGCCCCGGACCAAAGUGUCGAAAACUGCCGAGACUCCCUGACCUGCCUCAACGGUGGCACCAACGUGGUAACACCAGGAACCUGCUCGUGCCUCUGCACCAACGGCUUCACAGGGUCCAACUGCGCCGCCGGAGGCUAUCAAGGCUGCACAACCACGAACCUCGUUGCUGCGGACGGAUCCAGCAGCAUCAACAACGUGACCCUGGGCCAGGCCAUCCCUCGACUCAUUACAGGCGCCCAGUCCAACUUUUCUAUUCCCCUCUCGGGGACGGAUCUCCUGGCCAAGCUCAACGCCGGGAGUCUUUCUUGCAACGCUCAAAACUCCCUCGUCACCUUCGAGGGCCGGUCGACCAGGUCUUCUCAGACAAGCAACGCCAUUGCCCAGGACGAGCUCGGCGUAAACGCCGUCUUGUUGAACACAAAAGAAAAGGAAGAGGAGUAUUAUCCGGUCCUGCCAACAAUCAUCUUGAUUCCUCCCCGCCCCUGGCACUCGCCAUAUCCUAACGGUGGUCCACCAAAAGCCUCGUCCACUUCAAAGGCACCGGCUCCUGUCGCUCCCACUUUUCAACCCCCGCCGCCGCCCAAUUCCGAGAGCACGACGCCACAAAGUACAGUCACGAUCCCGCCAAUACGGACCACCAAUACUCCAAGGACAACCUCGAGUAGCUCGGUGCUGGCCCCCAGCGGCUCAGCACCGCCUCCCAUUGGCUCGGCGCCAGCUCCCAGCAGCUCGGCGCCGGCUCCUGUGAACUCCUUCGUCAUCACAGAGGACGUUCUAGAUUUCGCGCGCGUUUCCGUACUGUUCAUUGCGCAGGAGCAAGGCAUGGGUGCCGCCGAGACCGCGCAAACGGAAUUGCGCCGUUUCUUCAGCAGUGCAAACAAGAAUCAGGUGUCGCAGCAGGAGGCGAUCAAAAUAUCAGUCGGGGGCGUGAACUUUGCCAAUCUGGUUGACUUUUCCGUCGACAUCGGCCAAGGUCCCAUUGGGAGGAAGAAUCUCAGACGGGCGGUUGCCGACCCCGGACCCGUCUGA